CACCAUUAUCCCCAAAUUAACCUGUACUUCUCCAAUAUCGUAUAAGCGUUUGCUUUCGUUCUUUCUUUUCUGGAUGUGCGGUAUUUUUGGUUACAUCAACUAUUUAGUCGAAAGAGACCGCGGUUACAUCCUUGAUACGCUUGUCAAAGGCUUGAAGCGACUGGAAUAUCGUGGUUAUGAUUCUGCAGGUUGUGCCGUCGAUGGAGAUGAGGGUCAAGAUGCAUUGAUGUUCAAAGAGGUUGGUAACGUCAGUCAAUUAGAAAACACUAUCAACCGAUCCAACGUUAACAAGGACACCAAAUUCAUCAAUCAUUGUGCUAUUAGCCAUACUCGAUGGGCAACUCAUGGUCAACCUUCCCCCAUCAAUUGUCACCCUCAGCGCUCAGAUCCUCAUAGCGAAUUUAUUGUUGUUCACAAUGGCAUUCUUACGAAUUACCGAGAACUGAAAACCGUCCUUGAGUCCAGAGGCAUGGUCUUCGAAAGCGAGACCGAUACGGAGUGCGUCGCCAAGCUCGCAAAACUCAUCUACGACACUACACCUGGCAUCGAUUUUACUUCUCUCGCUAAACUUCUUUUUCGCGAAUUAGAAGGGGCCUACGCUCUUCUUAUAAAGAGCAGUCACUAUCCCGGUGAAAUAGUUGCAACUCGACGUGGUUCUCCUCUUAUUGUAGGUGUCAAAAGUUCUCAAAACCUGAAGGUUGAUUUUGUCGAUGUAGAGUUUCCUGAAUCUUCCGAUGGCCUUUCCGGGGCAGCACCAUCCACUUUACAUCCCCGGUUCACGAAGCCUCCGGGCACAAGCGGUAUGCUCCGUGGUGAUAAACCAGAUUUGCUACACCGUGCCCAAAGUCGCGCCUUUGUCACUGAAGAAGGGAUACCGGGCCCUAUAGAAUACUUUUUUGCAUCUGAUGCUACUCCCAUCAUAGAAUACACUAAGCGUGUCAUGUUUCUUGAAGACGACGAUAUAGCUCAUGUAAGCGACGGCGAGUUACAUGUUCAUCGACUUCGCCGUGAGGAGGGAAUGAGUACUACGCGUACAAUCGAGACGCUUGAGAUGGAGAUUAUGAGCACCAUGAAAGGCAAUUACGAUCACUAUAUGAUUAAGGAAAUUUGUGAGCAGCCCGAUAGUUUACUCAACACCAUGCGUGGUCGAGUUAAUUUCGCUGAUAGAGUCGUUACUUUAGGUGGACUAGAAAGCUAUUACGACAUUAUUCGCCAAAGUCGACGUUUGGUUUUUCUUGCUUGCGGUACUUCUUACCAUUCCUGUAUUGCUGUUCGUCCUGUUUUCGAAGAGCUCACUGGCAUUCCAGUAGUAAUAGAGCUGGCAUCUGAUUUCAUGGAUCGAUGCCCAAACAUAUUUCGUGACGACACGGUUGUUUUCGUCUCACAAUCCGGCGAAACAGCUGAUUCCCUGAUGGCACUCAGUUUUUGUAUGGAACGUGGUGCUUUAACGAUUGGUAUUGUUAAUUGUGUCGGUUCUAGCAUAUCGAGAAAAACACAUUGUGGUGUCCAUAUAAAUGCAGGACCUGAGAUAUGCGUUGCUUCAACAAAGGCUUAUACCUCCCAAUACAUUGCAUUAACGCUGAUGGCUUUAUACUUGUCUCGAGAUUCUGUUUCAAAGGCAAAUCGCCGUAUCGAAAUCAUCGACGGCUUAGCAAAAAUUGGAGAAAAAGUACAAGAAACUCUUCAACUUAAUUCCCAACUAAAAGAAUAUGCUUCCCAACAUCUAUUGGAAAAAGGGAACAUGCUAAUAAUUGGCAGAGGCUACCAAUAUGCGACUGCGAUGGAGGGUGCUCUCAAGGUGAAAGAAAUUUCCUACACUCAUGCUGAAGGUAUUCUUGCGGGUGAACUCAAGCACGGUGUCUUAGCUUUAGUCGAAGAAGGCCUUCCCAUUAUUAUGCUUGUUCCUGAUGAUUUUCAAUACCCGAAAGCGGUAAAUGCUUUUGAGCAGGUUAGAGCUCGAGGUGGAAAGCCGGUUGUGAUUACGACAAAAAAUUCAGAUAUGUUCAAAGGUUUACCCACUUUUGUAGUUCCCAAGACAGUCGACUGUUUGCAGGGUAUACUAAACGUCAUUCCGUUUCAGUUAUUGAGUUAUUGGUUAGCGGUUUUGCGUGGACAUAAUGUUGAUCAACCUCGAAAUCUUGCAAAGUCUGUGACCGUGGAAUAAUAGACAAGCCAGGUGUAUCCUGCGGUAUCUCUAUUCUAUUUCAAAAAAAAUUUAUGUCUAUGAUCAAGUAAUGGUUUUAAUUUAUUUUUUGUAUAUGGCAUGCUUGUUUGACAUUGAAACUUUCGAGCGGGAAUAAUACGAUCUAAGUGUUUUAACGUCCAUGCAUUUAGCCAUGUUGAACGAUAUUCUAUUACUAUCCACUCACGAUCCGAUGCUUUUUUUAGCAACUGUUGCCUUUUUUUCUUUUUAAUUAAUACCUCCGAAACCUUUUAGUAAUAGGUCUCACUCCUUUGGCUCGACGUUUACUAAGACCUUUUAAUCGAUUUGAUGAUGCAUUUCUCUCACUAUUGUUGUGUAAGCUUAUUCCGUAGCGGGUGUAUGAAACUUUAAAGGAUAAAACAUGAUCAAAGUGGUGCAGCUUUGGCAAAGGGACUUGAAAAAUUAUGAGAGUUUUCUUUGUCACUUCACAUUGAAGAAUUAGCUGCUAGAAUGAAAACUCUAGUUUGAGGGAGGGAAUCUUUUAGAUGGUUUUUUCCUAUAGAAUGAGUGUACAGUCAAAAUAAAUUGCAACUUAAAUUAAAUUCUCCUACUAUUAUUCAAUACCUUAAGGAAGAGUUUAGUGGCUUUAGUUAUGUAGUCUUCUUUUCAGCGUAAUUUUAUUUACCAUUAAAAAAAUGUAAUCAUGAUAUCGUGUCUUUACUUUUGCUGAAUCACCUCAA